AUGGGUUUGGAAUAUAUUCUCGGACAGAUAGGCGCAUAUAUCCGGCUUUUAUGUGCUCAGCUGGAAAAUUUCUGGCUUCGGAAAGCGGAGGAACAAAUUGCAUGGGCGGAGAGAGGAUUGGAAUUAGAGAAAAAAUGGUUCGAAGACAGAGAAGUAAACAUCGCCUGCCGUAAAGCUCAAGCAUUAGCUCCUAAAAUUAAACGGAAAGCACCAAAAAUCAAAGAAAGUAAAAGAAAGGAAAUUCUUGAAGGAGAUGACAACAUUGAUAAUCUAGCAAUAGAUGAAAUUUUGAAGGAAGAAGAAGAAGCCUCUUCGCUGGAUGAGAUUUUGAGAGAACAAGCUGCUGAAGUUUCUGCGAAAGAAAAUACAGAAGAACAAGUUGAGGAUUCAAAAGAUAAAUUUAUUAUUGACAGUGUAAAGCCUUCUUCAAAACCAUUCGACGUUUUAAUUGAACCGGAUCGGGAAACCAUCACUGAAGAAAUACAACCUGAACAAAACUUAUCUACAGAAAAAGAUAUCUCAGAAAAAGCAAAGAGUUCUGAACAAACGGGAGAAAGCAAUAAAACUGAACAAAGCAAAAAUAUUACUUCUGAAAAAAAUGAGUCUGUGCAAGACUUAUCCCUAGAGAAAGACGACUUUAAGGAGGCGUUGAGCUCUGAUGAGUUGAAGCAGAGAGAAGAAGAAAGCAGAGCUGAACACGCUGAACGAAAUGUAGCAGAAGUGCUUCCUGAACAAGAUGUUCAAGAACAAGAUGAAAAAGACUCACCUAAAAAAUCAUUGCGUUCUGAAAAAGACAAGCUUGAGAGAAAAUUAAGCUCGAGUAGUAAUAUUGAAAAGGAGUUGAGCUCUAAAAGAAAAGAGGCUGAAAGGAAGUCAAGCUCUGUUAAAUUCAGUCCUGAGAAAAAUCUAGAGGAAGAAAGUACUGAUGAAAAACAAUCAAGUGAUUCGAAAAAUAAAGGAGUUAUGGCUGAACCUAAAACUUUCAUUCGUCGAGACAGUAAAGAGUCUCCUUCUGAAUCAGAUUAA